UACCCCCUUUCAUUCACCAUUUAACUCCACCACAAUCAACUUUUACACAUUUCUCUCAUAACUCUAAAGCCCUCAAAAAACAAAUAUUACAUUCCUUACAAAUGGCUAAGGACAUUGAGUAUGGAAAUGACCAAUAUGCCCCUAAUAAGGACUACCAAGAUCCACCUCCAGCACCACUUAUUGACCCUGAGGAACUUGGAAAAUGGUCUUUUUACAGAGCUAUUAUUGCUGAAUUUAUUGCCACACUUUUGUUUCUAUAUAUAACUGUCCUCACUGUGAUUGGCUACAAGAGCCAAAGUGACACCAAACAUAAUGGUGACCAAUGUGGUGGUGUUGGUAUUCUUGGCAUUGCUUGGGCCUUUGGUGGCAUGAUUUUCAUUCUUGUUUACUGCACUGCUGGCAUUUCUGG